AAACUCGUCGCGCCCGUCGCAUUUCUCUUCCAUGACGGCUUAUUUCACUACUUAAUCUGCUCCGCGUCUGAGCUUCUUCUCAUUAAUCUUUUGCCUUUACUUCUCCCUCGCCUACCGCAAACGCCGCAGCGCUCCCUCAGCAGCUUUUUGCUUGGCGCGUUUUCCGCGAAGCUCUCACCAACGACUGCCUCCCGGAGCUCCCUUGCACAUUCAUCCUUUCAACUACCCCGCGCCCACGCGAUUCUCCUGCGCAUUGCUAGCCAACUAAGAAGAAGAACGCGCGCAACCCGCUGGACAACCCACAAUGUCCUUCGGCGGCGGUUUCGGGGGCUUUGGCUCCAAUAACAACAACAACAACAACACCCAGUCCACUGGUUUCGGCGGAUUUGGAUCAACUAAUAACAACACGACUGGCUUCGGCUCCAACACGAACACUGGCUCAAGCAUAUUCGGCGCAAGCAAUAAUGCCACUACGGGCAGCACAAUGUUUGGAUCCAACAAUGCCAGCUCGAGCUCUCCUUUUGGAGGCGGAGGUGGCUUUGGCGCCAAUACCAACACCAACACGGCCUUUGGCUCAAAGCCUUUCAGCAGCUCAACGACAAGCGGUGGUCUCUUUGGAGGUGGUGGCGCUACUGGCGGCAGCACGUUUGGAGGGUUUGGAUCAACCAACAACACCACUACCUCAGCUUUCGGCAGCAAUACCGCAAACACUGGAGGCAGCCUCUUCGGUCAGAACAAGACGACUGGCUUUGGCACUUCAACGACUGGAGGUGGUGGAUUAUUUGGGGGUGGCAGUACUGGCGGCGGAUUUGGCUCAACCAACACCACCGCUACUACGGGCGGCUUCGGUUCCAACACUGGCGGCGCUUUUGGCGGAGGCAGCAAUCCUCCUGCGAACAACGGUACCGCCAACACUCCUUUCCAACCUUUCUCCGAAAAAGAUGGAACCACCGGCAACGCGCAAUACCAGACCAUCACCUUUCAGCAGCCAUACCAGAACUACUCCCUGGAAGAACUGCGUGUAGCCGACUACAACCAAGGCCGACGGUAUGGCAAUGGCAAUGGUCAGGCUGGAGCGUUCGGGCAGAGUACUGGAUUCGGAGGCUUUGGUAGCAACACCGCCACCACUGGCUCCACAGGCUUUGGCGCAACCAACAACACCGGUGGCGGCUUGUUUGGCGGUGGCAGCAACACUACUACGACGUCUGCAUUUGGUCAAAACACAGGUUCAGCCUUUGGCUCAACUAACAACAACGCUAGUGGAGGUCUAUUCGGACAGAGCAAGCCUGCUACUGGAGGACUCUUCGGUUCCACAAACAACACCUCGACCGGAACAACCGGUGGUCUCUUCGGUGGCGGAUCUACUACCAACACUACAGGAGGCUUUGGAUCAGGAGGCGGUGGCUUCGGGUCGUCGACUACUAACAGUGGUGGCCUGUUUGGUCAAAACAAGCCUGCGACUGGCGGUGGUCUUUUUGGUGGCGGCAGCACUACUAACACCGCCUCGACCCCAUUCGGUGGCUCAACGAACACUGGUGGCGCUUUCGGUCAAUCCAACAACACCGGUGGUGGUCUGUUCGGCCAAUCCAACCAGGCCUCUUCUACACCAGCCUUUGGCGCUACCAACACUGCUACCAACACUGGCGGUGGCCUGUUUGGCGGUGGUAGCACUACUGGUGGAGCGUUCGGACAGAACAACCAAGCUUCGACGCAAAACACCACUUCUGGCGGUCUCUUUGGUGGUGGUGGAUUCGGUCAGAACAACCAACAGAACCAGCAAAAGCCGGGUGGUCUGUUUGGCGGCGCAAGCACUGGCACUACAGGAGGCGGUCUUUUCGGUGGCCAAACGAACCAGAACCAGCCUGCUAGUGGCGGACUGUUUGGAGGUUCUACUGCGAACAAUAACAGCACUGGAGGCGGUCUCUUUGGCCAGAAGCCUGCUACUGGCGGUACUUCCCUGUUUGGAGGUGGCAACACUUCUAAUACAGGAACGUCUGGGGGAGGUCUGUUCGGAAACAUCGGUACACAGAGCAACCAGCAAAACAGCGCUGGAGGCGGACUUUUUGGUGGUCAGAACAACAAUCAGCAGAAGCCUGGCGGUCUGUUUGGCGGUUCCACAACCAACACAAACACUGGCGGCGGUUUGUUUGGCGGCGGUCUCGGCCAGCAAAACAACAACCAGCAGUCAACCCUGGGAGGCUCUCUUUUCUCCAGUCAGAACCAGCAGCCACAACAACAGCAGAACGGCAACAGCUUGUUCGGCGCCUCAGGAAGUUCUCUGCUGAACACUUCCAUGAACACCAACCCCUAUGGCAACGACGCCUUGUUUGCUGGACUGGGAACUCCUACUCAAAGCCCAGGCCCACUUGCUACCCCGCUUUCCAGCAGCCAAAAGAACAAGAAGAAUGCUAUACUGCCUCAGCACAAGCUCAAUCCGGCUGCAUCAACUCGCCUCCUGACCCCGCAGGCUAAGAGAGGCGGUUAUGGAUUCAGCUACUCGACCUACGGCGGCUCAGCUGCCUCCAGCCAGGCUGGCACUCCUAACUUGGGUGGAAGCCUCUUUGCCAACGGUGGUCUUUCCCGGUCACUUGGAAAAAGCAUAUCUUCUAGCAAUCUCCGCAAUAACUUCGCUGCUGACACUAGCAUUCUGGCUCCGGGUGCAUUCUCGACCACCGGACGCAACUUUGGCAAUAGUGGUCUGAAGCGACUUAACAUUAACCGCAACAUCAAUGCUGCUCGUACUCCACUAUUUGAUGAGCCAUCGCAGAAGCGUGUCAGUUUUGCUGCGGGUGAGACUGUCAACGGCAACACGAACGGCGAGACUGCAUUGAUUGUCAGGCAGGAUGAGGAGGAGGGCUCACCCAAGGCAGGAAGCCAUGAUGAAAGCAGCGACAACUCUCCCUCAGAAAUGCAAAAGGUCAACGGCACGGAACUCGCAUGUGUCUACGAAGACAAUGCGCUUGCCCCCAAGUCGAUGUCAUCGGUCAACAUCCAGCCUGGACAAGACCCUAAGCCGGGCGAGUACUGGUCCAGCCCACCCAUGGAGAAACUGAGGAAGAUGAGCAAGCAGGAGCUGAAGAGCGUCCCCAACUUCAUUGUGGGCCGUCAGCACAUUGGUGAGAUCAAGUUCAACCAUGGCAAGCCUGUCGAUCUAUCUGAAGUCAACCUCGACAAGCUAUUCGGCGACAUUGUUCAGCUCAACCCACGAAAUGCCACUGUCUACGGCGAGACCUGCACCUGUCUGCCCAAGCCUCCGCUUGGUUCUGCUCUGAACCAGCCCUCUCUGAUUGUUCUUGGCAAUUCCUGGCCGCGCAACAGGGCUGGCAAGAAAGAUGUCAAGCACCUGGAGCGACUAAAGCGAGUUGCUGGAACUACUUUUGUCAACUACAACCAAGCUACUGGUGAAUGGACCUUCACCGUCCCACAUUUCUCGUCGUACGGUCUGGAUUAUGAUGACUACAGCGAGGAUGAGGAUGAGGAUGGUUCCAGUGAGUUUAGCGAUGUCCCAGAUACACCCCUAGAUCAGCAGCAUCGCUCAAGCCAAAUGACCAGCACGCCACAGGACGAUUCAUUUGCCAGUCCCACCCAGUCUAGCCCUGACGACACCUUUGAUUUCAAGAAAGGCAUGCGUGGAGGGCGUACUAACGUGCCAGGUGGCUUUGGAGAUGACACUCUGUAUGAUGAUGAGGAAGAGAUGCAAGACACCCACGGCGAGUCUUUUUUAGGGCAGCGCUCCGUGGGUUCGCUUGAUAGACAGCAUGACGCUGACUAUUAUGAAGAAAGCGAAUCGGAAUUGGCGCGUGACCAGAACAUGGCGGAUUCUGCGUCGAGCCCAAUUCAAACCACGGAGCAACUCGCCGCCAAGGAUGAGAUUUCCAGAGGCUCGUUGAUGCCAAAAUCUAUUCUCAAGGCUGGUCAAUUUCUCAAGCCGGCAACAGGUACACCUUCCAAAGCACAGCCAGUGUUCGAUGACGAUUGGGCAAAUCAGCUACAACGUACGAUUAGUCCCAAGAAGCAAGAUCGACAGGCCCUUCGUGAAAGUCAGGGCCAUGUUCUGCGAGAACAAGAACUCCAACCCACGAACUUCUCGCAGUCUUUUCGUGGCCGUCCUAUGACUACAGCCAUGGAUCUCAUGGACUCGCUUUUUGGUGAGACGGAAAAGCAACAAUUUUCCAAGCGUGGUGGACAUGGUAUUGAGUUACCUUAUUCCAAGCGCCCAAAGACCUCAUCCGACCUCGACCAGCUAAAUGAGACCGAAAAAGACUUUUAUGCCUGCAGCAAACCACACUUCAGCGAAGGAAACAUCCUGAUCUACGGCAACAAGGGUCCCGCGCAUCUCGAAGGCGGUAUCUUUCCCACUGCUCAAGAACCACUUAUUGGUGCUACCAAGGACAUCCGAUUUGCAAAAAUGCCCACGUUCAACGAUGCUGUACCCGAAACUCUCACUGUCCAGAAACAACACACAAAGAUUUACACUCCAACCGGCAUUCCCUCUGCAAAGCUCAUGACCGAUCCUGCUCCAGUGGAAUUUUCCAGCAUGGCGAAAGCUGUUGCACUUGAUACCACUGCAGGUGUUCAAGAGCAGCAGACUUGGCAGCUGCUUUCGCUUUUGUUUGAUGAUGCUGACAGGGUCCCUGCGGGUAUCCAAGUGGAGGAAAUGAAGUUGUAUCGAAAGGAGAGGCUUUCGGAGUUCUGGAGGCUUCUGGUAUGGGACGAUGCACAGAAACAUGUCCAAGCGGCUACAUCCCCCGAGGAGCGUGCUCUUGCGCAUCUAAGCUGCAACAGUGUUGCUGACGCUUGCCAUACUCUGCUCGACGGCCUGGACCUCCGACUUGCUACGAUGAUUGCUCAGAUUGGAGGUGAUGAGACGAUGAGGCAGAGCAUGUCUGCUCAAAUUGAUGAGUGGCGUCGCCUUGAUACACUUUCUGAAAUGGAAGAUGCUCACCGGGCAUUGUACGAGCUUCUUGCUGGCAACUGCACGCAAUCAGAGGGCAAGACUGGAGCAGGCAGUGAAAAUCGGGCUUCUACCUUUAACAUCUCAAAUCGUUUCGGUCUCGACUGGCGGCGCGCUUUUGGACUGCGCUUGUGGUACGGCACGCUUGCCAAUGAACCUAUCGAAAUGGCCAUCGCCCAAUUUGCGGAUGCAGUCAGGGAUGGCAGGGAAGUUGUCAAGCCUGUCCCUUGGUUCGUCAAGGAUAAGGUUGACAUGGGCUGGAAAGAUCCUGCUCCAGAGCAUCGAGAAGACCUCCUUUGGGGUAUCUUGAAGCUCUAUGCCUCUGCGAAGAUGGACCUCCCUGCGAACAUUGAGAAUAUUCUAGCUCCUGAGAACGUCUCUGGCAACCCCUUCAACGCUCGACUCUCAUUCCAACUGUUCCAGCUCUUCAAGUCGCGACAAGAAGACGUCAGCGAGGCAGAUGAACGCAAGGUGGUCAUGCCCACAGUCCGCUCCGAAGAUGACAGCGAUGACCGAUUCCGCCGCUCAUUGCAGUCAUGGACUGCACCAGGUGCUGCGGACGACGUCCAAGCAGCGGAUUCGCUUGUGGAGCUGAACGAUAAGAUCACGCUCACUUAUGCAUCCUCGCUACACACACCAGAGCUUUGGACGACUGCAAUCUGGGUCUAUACUCAUCUGUCUUUUGCGCCGAUGCGUGAGCACUACAUCCGCUCUCUAGUCACCCAGUUUUCUGGUCUGUUCUCCUUGGAAGACAGCAACCCGACCUAUGCACACCUCACAGCAGAUCUCCAUGUCCCUUCAACAUGGCUCCAUGCAGCCGCCGCUCUGCACGCCAAGUCGAGUGGCGAUGCUCUUCGUGAAGCAACUCAUCUCAUCAAGGCCGAUGAGUUUGAAGAGGCACACGAGGUGCUGUGCAGGAAGGUCGGUCCAGAAGCCAUCAUCUCCCGCGAUUACGACGCCCUGCGUGAGCUCAUGGCCGGCUUCGUCGCAGAGUCAAACGUACCUCUUCCACGGGAGCCAGUCCAAGGCUGGGCCCAAGGCGGACAAAUUUACUUCGACUACAUCGAGCUAAUCGACCUGACCGGUGCACGCUCAUCAUACCGUGUCGACGAGGAACUCGAGAACCGCGUCGAAGAACUCCUCGUCAAGCUCCAGCGCGCCCUCGAAAUCGCCGGCCGUGACAGACUCGGUGCAUGUGGACUUGAAGAACGUGUCGCUCUCAUGGACAUUGCUGGUACCGUCGCAAACCUCAUCACCAAGAACCAGCGCACAAACCGCAAUUCCAUUCUCAAACUUCCGCUUACAGAAGAUCUCUGGCUCAAACACUCGAUCGAUCUUAGCACAAGCUACUACCGCAACUUACUAGUUACGAGCAGAUAGUUAUCAGGUUCAUUGCGGAUGCUUCCUGGUUAGUAUCGAGGUUACCCCUCCCGGUAUUGCUUGAGUUGCUGGAUGUCAAGAUCAAGCAUAGUACCGAUUGUGGGUGGGUGAGAAGAGUGUGUGGUGCAAGGCUCUUAUUCUCUUCUCCGACUUCAAUUUUUUUUUCGGGAUUCGAUGCGAGGAAUCUCUUCUUCUUUUUUUUGAUGAGACAAGAUUGAACCCUCAUGCGUUUAUUUUUGCGAGCAAAGUUACAACGAAGAAGACUGAGGGGGGGAUGGGAGGGAGAGAGGAUGAAAAGAAAAAAGAAAAGCGACUUCGGCUUCAUGGAUGGGUGUGUAAAUGUGUAUAAUAGGAAAUUUUACUUGUUUUUUUUUAAAAAAAAAUCAGACUGU